CGACGAUGAGCUCAAUCAAAGGUCCCGCCCCAUCCCCGACCAAACUCGACGGUUCCUCCCUCCGCGUUGCCAUCGUACACUCGCGAUGGAACAAAGAGGUUAUUGACGCGCUUGUAACGGGGACGAUUGCGAAGCUGAAGGAGCACGGUGUGAAGGAGCAUAACAUUAUCGUGCAAUCCGUGCCUGGAAGCUACGAGCUUCCCUUGGCUUGCUCCAAAGUCAUCUCGGGUUCGCGUGUACAGGCUGGUGCUACCGCGACCGAUUUGCUAGGAGGGCUCAGCUUUGGCACGAACACGCCCCGCUCUAGUACCCCUGCGCUGGGGUCAUCAUCCUCGACAGCGGUAGCCAGCAUGCCAAGUCAGCCCGUUGACGCUGUAAUCGCCAUCGGUGUCCUCAUCAAGGGUUCCACCAUGCACUUCGAAUACAUCUGUGAAAGCGUCUCGCACGGCCUCAUGCGCGUCACGAUUGACACCGGAGUCCCAGUCAUCUUCGGUGUCUUGACUGCCCUGACGGAUGAGCAGGCGUUGGAGCGUGCUGGAAUUGGUCGAGGGGGGAACAAGGGUCACAAUCACGGAGAGGACUGGGCUUCAGCUGCUGUUGAGAUGGCGUCGAGCUCGCGUCGAUGGACUGAGGGGAAAUUCUAGAGUGUAGAAUUGAAGCACGGUGGUCCACUGUAGCAAAGAAAAAUAAAGGUGUACAAUCAGGAUGUAUAAACAUGAAUGCGUAAAUGC